AUGGUAGAGAACUGCCACAGCGAGGUGACUCUCGAUUCUGAUGCCCCUGGAAACAUCGACUGCACAGGGGUUGAUUCGUUCGUUACAUCCACUGCAAUGACCGCCGAAAGGGCCUACUAUCACUGCGGCAAUUUCUUCAUCAAACGUGGCCUCAGGCCGAGCGAAUACAAGACCACCCACCGCGGCACGAAACACAUCCCCCGAUUAGGAAAGCAACGACUCCAAAACGAGGCAGCAACUUUGCGUUUUAUUCGACGCGUGAGCAACAUCCCUGUUCCAACUUUGUACGGUGCUUUUGAGCUCGACGAUUCGUUUGUAUUGAUCACAGAACACAUCGACGGAGUGGCUAUGUCAGACUUAACGGACGAUCAGAAGUAUGUCGUUCGUACUGAAGUCGAGCAGCACCUAGCCACCCUACGUAGGAUCAAGUCCAACACUAUCGGUGGCCCUUCAGGGAUUGUGCUUCCGCCAUAUCGCGUGAUGCGCCUCUCAGACAAGAACGAAUGGCCUCGAAAAGUGUCCAAAGAUGGUGAAUAUGUCUUCUGCCACAACGAUCUCGCCCAGCACAAUAUUAUCGUUGACCCUGAGACAUUGAAGAUACGUGCUAUUAUCGACUGGGAAUACGCCGGCUUCUUUCCUGAAUACUUUGAGCGGCCUUUUUAUGAAAGACGAGGCCCGUCAGUAGCUCUGGACGGUGAACAUGAUGAUUCUGCGGACUUACUGCGAUUUAUGGAGAAGACUGCUUGA